GAGUAAAGUAAAAACACCCCAAUCUAGUUGAAGAAAAGCACGGACGGAUCCAGAUGCCUUUAGUGCGCCCCCUCGGGCCGGGUUGAGGGCGGUGCGGCGCCUGGCACAACGCCCCAUCCCGGCAGCGGGGCGAUGGCGAUGGCGGCGCGGCCCGCAGGCGAGGCUGAGGCUUGUGGCCUGUGCACGGCCGCCGCUGCCCGCUACACCUGCCCCCGCUGCAACCGGCCCUACUGCUCGCUGGCCUGCUACCGCGGCGGCCCGCACCGGGCCUGCGCCGAGCUCUUCUACAGGGACGCGGUGCUGGCCGAGCUGCGGCCCGGGGCUGAGGCCGGUCGGCGAGACCUGUGCUCCGGCAUGAGGAGCCUGCAGGAGGCCGAGGCCCAGCGCCCGGAGCCGGAGGGCCUGAGCCUGGAGCCGGACGCCCCGGCCCCCCGGCUCUGGGCCGCGCUCAGCCCCGGCCAGCGGGCCGACUUCGAGCGGCGGGUGUCGGGCGGGGAGGCGGCGGCCUGGAUCCCGCCAUGGCGGCCCUGGUGGCGGCGGCAGCGGCAACGGCGGCCGGUGAGAGACAGCGAGCCCCUCUCCCGGCCAGUGGUGGAGGAAGUUGAUGCGAGUGAGGAGAUGCGGGAGGAGCAGCGUGUGGCCGGGGACGGCGAGAGCUCGGGGGAGGAGGACGCAGACAAGGAGACGGCUCCGGCCAGUGUCUGGGACACAGACGACUCCGUGCCCGCUGUCUGCACCAACAUUGCUCCCCUGGCAACCCUGACUGCCUGCCCGUCGCCUCUGGUGGCCUUCAGCCUGGUCAAUGUUCUAUACGCCUACGCCUUCUCCCUGCGGCUGGUGAAUGGGGAUGUGCAGGGGGCGAUGAGGGGCGAGUUCAUCGAGGUGGUGUUGGCGAUCUCCAAGGCGCUGGAUGGCAGCCACGUUUACACCUCCACGGGAGAGGCUCUGCAGGCCGCAGUGGAGAGCAUUCGCUCCAGCCCCCACGUCUCCACCCCCCUGCUGCUGGCCAGGGCGAUGGAAGAUGUGUCUGCCCUCCUAGCCGGGGGCGACGAGGCUCUGGGCAGUCAUUACACUCUCGCUGCCAUCUCACACCUCGACUGCAUCCUGGCCAAAGGCAGGCAGUGCCGGGGCGGGGAGGGGAAGACGGGCAGAGCGGCCAGAUACAGGGCGGGCAAGAAAUGUGCCUUCCUCCUGUCCUGGGCGAGGGAGCACCAACACGUCCUCGCUACCCUCUCCGCCGAGGCUCGGCUCGAGUUCACUGCCUCCCUCCAGCAACUCCUGCAGGUCGAGAAGGAUACAUCUACCCUAGAGAAGGCCUGGGGAGCAAAGAGGCCACCGGCGCAGAGAGUGCUGAUCGAGGAACUCAAUCCCUGAGCCGUUCCUCGAUUGCAAAAGUUGAUUGUAAAGACCUAGGGGGAGAGUUGACGCCGAGUUAAAUAAUUCUGCCCAGAACAGUCCGUGGAGUUUGUGGAGAACGCACUUGGCUUUCCAAUGAGGGACAGUUACUUGUAAAGAAAGCAACCAAACACUUCUUUAUUGCCAUCCCCUGCCAUAGCAUGGCACACCCUCAGUAUCGCUCCUCCCACAGCGCUGCGCUCUCUCUGUACCGCUCCGCCCACAGCGCAGCGCUCCCUCUGUAUCGCUCCGCCCACAGCGCGGCGCUCCCUCUGUACCGCUCCGCCCACAAUGCGGCACUGAGUUACCACAGCACUUUUUUUUGUAAACCAGCACCUGCAGAUCCUUGUUUCCAAGAAUAAACUAAUUAUUGACAAAGAG